AUGGCGGCGCUGGAUCUCACCGACCUGGACCUGCUGUGGUUCCUCCAGACUCUCAGUGACAAGCAGUUCCAGAGCUUUAAGGACUGUCUGGAACAAGAGCCCCUGGUGCUGGGCCUCACGCAGCUCCCGCUGCUUCCGCUCAGGAGGGCCGGGCGGGAAGAGCUGGUCGACCUCCUGACAGCCACUUACGAGGUCCAGUACACCUGGAUGAUGGCCAGCAACGCGUUUGACGAGAUCGACCGCAAAGACCUCUGUGAGAGGAUCAGAAGCAGGCAGAGCCGUCACAAAGAGAUAGACAAAGUUCUCGUAGGAAGGAAAGUCCUAUACCAGUGGGAACAAUGCCCUUUUGCGGAGGUGCACAACUACUUCUACGGUGAAAUUGCCAUCAACACGUUACACGUACUGCAGAAUUCGUAUACGACUAACAGCAUCUACUCAGCUAAGAACCUUAACGUGUUCCUGUUCGGAGAAGGAGCAAUCGGGAAAACCAUGGUGAUAAGGAUGGCGGUGCUAGGGUGGAUCAAGGAGGAGAUUUGGAAGGACACAAUCUCCUACGUUGUUUACCUCACUUCUCACGAAAUCAACCAGAUCACCUGUUGCAGCUUGGUCGAGCUCAUCUCCAAAGACUGGCCGGGUGGCCACGCUCCAGUGGCAGACAUCCUGGCUUGCUCCAAGAAUCUCCUGUUCAUCCUUGAAGACUUGGACAACAUAAACUGCAGCUUAAACGUGGACGAGCUUGCCUUAUGCAGCGACAGCAGACAGCAGGUGCCAAUGUCGGUUCUGCUGGCCAGUCUGCUGCAGAGAAAAAUGGCUCCGGGUUCCUGGUUCCUCAUCUCGUCCAGGUUCGGCGGCGAAACCACCAUGAGGACGCUGAUGAAGCACUCGGAUUACUGCCUCACCCUACAGUUCUCGGACGAAAGGAGGAAGCUGUAUUUCACCUUAUUCUUUCGCAACGAGCAGAAGGUGAUGACAGCUUGCAGGCUUGUACACGACAAUGAGAUGCUCAUCAGCUUGUGUCAGGUCCCCGUGUUAUGCUGGGUCACUUGUACCGCUCUGAACCAGCACAUAGGCAAGGGCGAUGACCUAAAACUCUCCUACCAAACACACACUGACGUCUUCACCCGCUUUCUUGCCGAUACACUGACAUCUGAGGCUGGAGCGGCAGGCGGUCAGCAUCGACUGGUCCUCCUGGAACGUCUUUGCACGCUGGCCGUGGAAGGGCUGCUCCACGACACCCAGAAUUUUAGUGACGAGGACCUCAGGAGUGUUGGUUUGACCGAGGAUGAUGUCUCCGUGUUGCAGGCCCUCAAGAUCCUCGUGCGGUGCAGCAAUAUUAAAGACCGUCACACGUUCAUACACUUGAAGGUCCAAGAGUUCUGUGCGGCCAUUGCGUAUAUGAUGGUACUGAACAGUUGCCAAAUCCCCUCGGCCAGUAAAAAGCUCAAAGAGAAAAGGGAAACAUACCCUGAUUUCAGUCCAGUAACUGUAUCCAUCUUUGGACUUCUUAAUGAGAAGAGGAGAAAAAUUCUCGAGACGUCCCUUGGCUGUCAACUACUGGUGGAGCCGCUCAGACAGUACUUUCGGCAACAGGUGGCGUGUCUGAGUCACAAUUCAAGAGCGACGGAAUACCACAUGCCCGUGUUCUACUGCCUCUUUGAGAACCAGGAGGAAGAAUUUGUGAAACAGAUCAUCGGCUUUUUCUUGGAGGCUACUGUGAGUAUUCGAACGAGCAGAGACCUGGUGGUUUCGUCGUAUUGCCUGAAGCACAGCCAGACCUUGCGAAGACUGAAGCUGAGUGUGCUGUUUGUCUUUAAACACAAGGAUCCCAACGUGAAGCUGACGGCUCGUCAGGUGAGAAACCUCGCCUACUGGAGAGAUAUCUGCUCGCUGCUCCACACCAGCGAAAACCUCCGGGAGCUGGAGCUCUGUAACAGUGAACUUCACAGCACCUCGGAAAGAAUUCUGUGUAAAUCGCUGACACAUGCCAGCUGUCGGCUCCAGACUCUCAAGUUGUCAAAUCUCACAGUGGGUUCUGAAUAUGACGACUUGUUCAAGGCUAUUGCCCAGAUCGAGAGCCUGACUUUCCUGAGCCUGAGUCGCAUGGACAUGUCCCCAAAGAUGUUUUCACUUCUGCAUGAGAUGCUGGAUAGUCCAGCGUGCAACCUUCAGCACUUGUGCUUGAUGAAAUGUGACCUGAAAGCUAGUGUGUGUGGACACGUCGCCUCGCUCCUUGUCGACAGCAAGAAGCUGAAGAAGCUGACCUUAUCCAACAACCCACUGAAGAACGAUGGGGUGAAGAUACUGUGCGACGCCUUGCUCCACCCGAAUUGUACUCUGGAGUCGCUGGUGUUGCUCUUCUGCUGCCUCACCGAAGCGUGCUGCAGCUCCAUCGGGAGAGUUCUUCUGCUCAGCAAAACCCUGAAGCAUCUAGACCUGAGUGUGAAUUUCCUACAAAACCACGGAGUGUUGGUCUUGACCCUGCCUCUGAUGUUUCCCACCUGCAAAUUACAGGAGCUGGAGCUGUCUGGCUGCUUUUUCAACAGUGACGUCUGUCGGGAUAUCGCCUCCGCCAUCGUUAACAACCAAAACCUGAGGAGCCUGGAGCUUGGGAGCAAUCACCUGGGAGACGCGGGCGUGACGCUGCUGUGCGAGGCCUUGCGACAUCCCAGCUGCAAGCUGGAGAACAUCGGGCUGGAAGAGUGCAUGCUAACCAGUGCCUGCUGCGAGUCUCUCGCAUCCGUUCUUAGGAGCAGCAAAACGCUGAAAAGACUGAAUCUGCUUGGGAACAAGUUGGAUGACAAAGGAAUUGUGCAGCUUCUUCAGGGCUUGGGCCAGCCAAGCUGUGUGCUUCAGACCCUGGGGCUGGAAGUGAGCAACGUGGGUGCAGAAACCCAGAAGCUGCUGCAGGCCGUGAAAGAGCGAAAUCGCAGCCUGGAGUUUGUGAGUCAGUCCUGGGCCAGGCGAGAAGGCAGAGGGGCCGGUGGCUGCGCUGACUGUCCGAGUCCUUCAGAGCCGAGCUCUGCGAGGCAAAAGGAAGCCUGGCACUUAAUCACCUCCAGAAUGCCCAGGCAGUUCAGACCCUUAGAAGGGUCUGCCGCAGGCAGUGGGCAGCCCCCUCAGACGCACUGUGCAUGA